UGCCACCACCAGAUAAAACUACCUAGCCUAUACUUACACUGUUACAUACAACAUUAUUCUUUUUAUAUAUGUAUAUAUCCUGCGGUGUCUAUGUACUGUGGGCCCCUGUCGUAUUGCUUGCUUCCUUCUCUCUCACGAGACGUCCAUUUCUAUCACUUUCUGUUUCUUCGUUGUUUACAUUUUGAACAUUACUUACUGUGGAUAUAUUGUAUAUGUAUGCGGGUGUCUAUAAAGAGAGGUUUUUUAGGUUUUGGGUGGGGAUAAUUACCGGUUUUUCGCGUUUUUAGGGGAGCCCAGAUCCGAAAUUUACUCUCUUUCGUUAAAGCUAGGGUUGUUGAUUGAAUUCAAUUUGAAUUUUACAAAGGGGUUUUUAUUUGCUGCUGCCAACUGGCGUUUUCCUGUGUGUUUUCAAGCUUGGGUUGGAGGAAAAUCACUGCUUUUUUCAAGAUUGGUGGAUGAUUUUUCUGGGAUCAGAAUUUGGAAUCAGAGUUUGUGGAUUUUGAUUUGGUUUUUUGGUUCUCUUGUUGCAUCAUAUACAAAAUUGUUGUUUUUUAAUCUGCAUUCGUGGGAAUUUGUGUCAAUGUGGCUGGGGUUUGAUGAGAUAUUUGGAUUUGGGGAUAUGGGUUGUUUAUGUAUCCUUGUUUUGUGAACACCCAUUUGGGAUUUUCUUUUAAUAUUGGACUAGGGUUUCAAUUAUUUGAUCUGUUGGGGUGUUUAGUUGGAGGUAUUUAAUGUCAUUAGUUUAGGGAAUAUUUUAAAAUCGAUCUGUUUUUUGGGUUGAAAUUCUAACUUGUUCAUGAGCCACGAUCGUGGCUUGGAGGGAAGGUUGUUGAUCGUAUUGUAAGGUUAAUGCCAUCAAGAUAAGGGUUUUGUGGUGUAUUGUUAAAGGGUGGUUUAUAAAGUAUUGAGUUUGGGAGAGGGAAUUGGAGGCUGGUAUGGGCUGCAUGUGCUCAAAAGGUAGUUCUCCACAUUCUCACACUAAAGAUAAAGAAUUGAAGGUGUCGAAGAAAUCAGCUCAGAGGCUGAUUAGUUCCUCUAGACAAGAAGAUGUCGGUGUGGAGGUUGAUGGGAGUGGAAAUGAUGCCACCACACGGUUGAUAUCAACUGAGUCUGAGGAAGUUGCUGCAGGGACCACGCCUCCUGUAGUAUAUGAGAAACCAAAGACACCUAAUAUGUCAGACAGGCGACCGGCAGUUGACAUUGGUAUGGGUGGACAGCGACCUAAUAUGUCUAGGAUUUUAAGCAUGCGGAAUGGAGUUGAUGGUGCACAAGUUGCUGCUGGCUGGCCAUCUUGGCUUACUGAUGUGGCUGGGGAAGCCAUCAAGGGAUGGAUACCACGAAAGGCUGACUCAUUUGAGAAAUUGGACAAGAUAGGACAAGGGACUUACAGCACCGUUUACAGAGCACAUGACCUUGAAACUGGUAAAAUUGUUGCUUUAAAGAAGGUGCGUUUUGUUAACAUGGAUCCUGAAAGUGUUCGUUUUAUGGCAAGAGAAAUCCUUAUUCUGCGAAGGUUGGACCAUCCUAAUAUCAUGAAGCUUGAAGGCCUAGUCACUUCUAGGGCAUCAGGCAGUUUGUACCUUGUAUUUGAAUACAUGGAGCAUGAUCUUACUGGGCUUGCAGCGUCGCCAAUGGUUAAAUUUACUGAAGCACAGAUCAAAUGCUAUAUGCAGCAGCUACUUUGUGGGCUUGCACACUGCCAUAGUCGUGGAAUUCUACACCGUGACAUCAAGGGUUCAAAUUUACUCAUCAGUAAUAAUGGUAAUCUUAAAAUUGCUGAUUUUGGAUUGGCGAACUUCUAUCACGCUAAUAAAAGGCAGCCACUAACAAGUCGUGUCAUUACCCUGUGGUAUCGGCCUCCUGAGCUUUUGCUUGGUGCAACAAAUUAUGGUGUAGCUGUAGAUUUGUGGAGUGCUGGCUGCAUUCUUGCAGAAUUAUAUGCCGGGAAACCUAUAAUGCCCGGAAGAACGGAGGUAGAGCAACUGCAUAAAAUUUUCAAACUCUGUGGUUCACCAUCUGAAGAGUAUUGGCAGAAAUCGAAAUUGCCUCAUACAACAAUUUUCAGACCUCAACAGCCAUACGAGCGUUGUUUUGCUGAUACAUACAAGGAUUUCUCUCCUUCCGUGCUAUCACUUUUGGAUACCCUCCUUGCAGUAGAACCAGAUCGUAGGGGAUCAACUUCUUCUGCACUACAAAGUGAGUACUUUACAACUAAGCCUCUUCCAUGUGAUCCCUCAAGUUUGCCCAAGUACCCACCAAGCAAGGAAAUUGAUAUGAAGCUUCGAGAAGAGGAGGCAAGAAGGCAAAAAGCAGCUGGUGGUAAAGGACGCGGGCAUGAAUCGAAUAGGGGGAGCAGAGAAUCUAAAGCAAUGGCCGUUCCUGAUGCUAAUGCAGAGUUGCAGGCAUCAAUACAGAAGCGGCAAGGUCGAACAACCCCUACAAGCACCAGUGAGACAUACAAUCCUGAAGGGGAUAGUCGUUCUGGCUUCCCUACUAAAGGCCCUGUACGACAUGGCAGUCGCCAUGGUAGAGUGAUGAACCUAGAUUCUAUUGGUUCUUCCAGACACGAAACAGAAUUUAAGAGCCAAAGAUCUUAUAGACCUCAUGGAGCUGCAGCAUCACAGCUGUCCCAGUUUUCUAAUUCAGUAGCCGGUCAUGGAAGUUCAAGACUUGAUCUUAGCAAAGAUAAUAGUGCUUCUUCAAAGUGGUCAGAGGAACGCCCUAAUGUUAGAUAUAAAAACUUCAAUGACUCUGAGUUGUCACAUCAUUUGCUGGAUAAACCAAAUGCUUUAUACAGAAAGGAUGAAGUGAUGCCUCAGAAGGAGACUGCAGUGGCUCAUGUUCCAAGAAAGAGCAGGAUCCACUACUCAGGACCAUUGCUCACUGCUGGCGGGAACAUUGAGGAGAUGCUGAAAGAGCACGAAAGGCAAAUUCAAAACGCGGUUCGCAAAGCUAUUCUUGACAAGACCAAUAAGAAAAAUGGCUAUGCUCAAAAUGGACAAAAAGAACCAAUAAUGCAGUAUGGAGCGUAUGCACGAUAACCCCUUAACUAAUAUGCAUUCCUUCCUAGAAUAUAAUUGGAACUCUAGCGGAAUGGUGAUUCUCAAGAGGUGCCAAAACUAAAGCCGACUUGGAGUUCCUAUGGGGUUGAUUGCCUGAGAUCUUCUCUCAAUAAUAACUGAGACGUGCUCUGGGCUUUAAAGAUUCAGAAACGCAUGAAGCUGGAGAUCAAAUCAUCCAUAGCCAUCAUCGUAUAUCAAGUGGUGGUUGUAAGAGACUGACACACCGGGAGAAUGUUCGGAUAGAGCCAAGGGCCAAAAUCUGGUGUUUGGUUGGUAGAGAUAACUAACUGUAUAGCUAAUCUUGUUUCAGUGAAGCAGAACAAUAUCCUCACAUUGUGUAAAGAUUGAAUUGAUUUUCCAGUUUAAAGAAGAUAUAUACAUCAAACAACCAGCAACUAUAA